AUGAGUUAUAUGAAUAACUUUCAAAGGGUUUUGUACGCGUCGAGAUUUAUGAGAGUAUUUGGAAAAUUCAAAAGAGCGCAAUUACGAGAAAAACCACAGAGAAAAAUCGGGCCAUUCAGCAACCCAGUAAAAAGGCUAGUAAGAUUAAAAGAAAAAGAAAGAUUAUUUUGUGAUAUUGGUAUGCCUCGUAUAAUUCCAAGGGCCAAGUCAGGAAAUAAAGAGAAAAUUUUAGAAGUAAUAAAAGCCCCAAAGGUAACAAAAGAAGUGUUAGAUAGAAGAUUAGAAUUUUUAUUAUCAAAUGAAAGUGUAUAUCAACAACUGUAUAAUAAGAUGUAUAAUGGAAUUACUCCUUAUCAAUGUGAAUUAUACAUGUGGGAAAGACAAAUGAGAGAUUUACGUAAAAUAUACAGAGCACAAUAUUUACAUAAAUUAAGUGAAGUUACAAAUGAAGAGAGAGAUAAACAGCUGAAAUUAUUGUUACAAACAAAAGAAGAUAAAAGAAAAAGAAGAGAAAAUAUUAGAAAUAGAAUAUUAGAAGAUAAAAAAAGAAGAGCUAUUUUAAAAGAUCGUUUAUCACUGGAAAAAAAAGUUACACAAUCUAUUCUAUUUAAAAGACAAUCUGAUAUUAAAAAAAAAAAUAUUUACUGGCUAGCUAAAUUGCAGAAAAAAAGUGUAUACUCAAAUGAAGAGGAUUUUAAAAAAAAAAUAGAGGAAAAUAACCCUCUUGAUGAUCAUUUAUUUAAUCGUAAUAUUUCUACAAGUAAUUUGUACAAGGAAUUAGGGUAUGAAGUAAGGGGCGAAAAAAGUGAUAAUACUAAAAUUUUUAAAGUAGACAAAGUUUACAGAAAAUUGGUGGAAGAUUCAUUUGAAUUCUUAGGAGAAGAUGAAGAACAGUUUGAAGAAAAUGUUCAGGAAGAUGGUGAAAAUAUAACACAAAAACAAAGGGCGCAUAUAUUAUAUUCCUCUUUUACGAAUGAGGAAAAAAUUAAGCUUCUUGAUGAUAAAAUAGCAAUACUUGGAAAAAAAAUUGAAGAAAAAUCAUUUGCAAAAGGGCUGGAAAAUAAUAACAUUAUGUUUUAUAUUCAGCUGAAGGAUAAAUUGGAAGCCUCAAAGCAGGCCUUUUUAGAGAAAAAACAUUUAGAAAAUAUUGGCAAGUCGGACUAA